AUGACUAUGUUUUCAAAGUAUUGGCAUGAUUAUUGUGAAAUUCUUGCCAUUGGUGCUAUUCUUGACCCACGAAUGAAGUUUGGAGCUAUUCAGUUUGCUUAUAGAAAAAUUAAGCCUUCAACUUCUGAAGAGAAAAUUAGUGUUUUAAGAAAGAAAAUUUAUGAACUGUUUGAAGAGUAUGAGAAAGUAAAAUCAAAUGAGUCAAAUGCUUCAACUUCUAAUGUGUCUCUUCUUCCACCACAACCAAUUUCAUAUACAGAUGAUGAGCAAGUACUUGAUACCUUUGAUGAAUAUGUUGAUUAUUUGAGCCAAAAUGCUACUGCUAAUGGAAAAUCUGAAUUGGAUCUAUAUUUGGAGGAAGGAAAUCUUGAUCCAAAGUUUCAUGAAAAGUUAGAUGUGUUAGCUUAUUGGAGGGAUCGUCAUGAUCGUUAUCCAAACCUCUCUCGGAUGGCUUGUGAUGUGCUGAGUAUUCCAAUCACUACAGUUGCUAGUGAAUCUGCUUUUAGUCUUGGGUCUCGAGUGCUAACUAAGUAUCGCUCUACCAUUCUUCCUGAAAAUGUAGAGUUACUCAUUCUAACUCAAAAUUGGUUACAUGGUUUUGAAGAAUUAGAUGGAGAUAAAAUGGAUGUGCAAAGAGAAGAAAUUGUUAUUGACAUUUCCGUGCAAGAUUCUAAUUAAGUUUAUUUUGCAAGACUUUCGUAUGA